AUGGAGUUUAUGACUAUUUUGAUUUUGCUGGGUAUCACCGGAGGUCUCUACAUUUAUUUCAAAAAAGCCCCUGAAUCCGUCUCCAAAUCUAGAAAACCCAAAGAAAGCGUUAAAGAAGGCGCCAAAGAUAAAACUCCUGUGGGUCCUCCCAGAGCUCCAAGCGAGAUACACGCACAAGCUGCAUCGUAUGACUCUCAAUACGCGACAUUGGCCGGUCUCAACAACAAUAUUUUCACCGAACCGAAAAAGGCUGGACCUAAAGAUGACAAAUUCAAGACUUAU